AUCGACCUCCCGGAGCCGUCAGUGCUAUCAGCGGAGGAGGCGACAGCGGGCGUGCAAAUGGGCAUCAAGGUGCGCGGGCUGGACCUGAUGCGCUACGGGCGGCUGGAGGACGGCGUCUACAAGUGCAGCGAGUGCGAGCGCAUUCAGAUCCCGAAGACCUUCAAGACGUCGUACUCGUUCCAGCGCCACGCCUACCUGUACCACGAGGGGCGGCCCAAGCGGUUCCCGUGCCCCGUGUGCGGGAAGGAGUUCUCGCGCCCAGACAAGAGGAAGAGCCACCUGAAGGAGAAGCACGGCCUGUUCCAGCCCGACCCGCCCGACCAGGCGGACUACGCCAGCUCCUUAUAGCGACGGCCGAGCGCUAGGCCGUACUGGGAGCCUCUGGAAAUCCUGGCUCACUUCAUGGGCACAGACGAUUUUUUAUGAAUUUCAGAGGAGGCCCCUGCUGUUCCGAACGCCUAAAACCUAUAUAGUUCGUUUAUUAUAUCAUAUGUAUUUAAAAAAAUCAUUAAAUGGUAUUUGAAA